AUGUUUCUGUGGAGGACCAGCUGUCCUGCUGUGCUGUGUACUUGGACCAGUCUGCUUCAUCAGGAGACUCCUCCUGUCCCCAGUGUGGAAAAAGAUCCAGAACCAGAGCUGGACUGCAGCCAGCCGGUCAGACCAGCACUGUACAAAAGUGAAGAGGUUAAUACCCAACAUGAGGUGAGGCAGCUUGAGACAGCUUCCAAGAAGAAGACCCUCCAUGACGCUCCAAUCAAGUGCCACGACAUCUUUAAAGCCUUACCUGACCAAAAGGGACACAUCAGAGUCGUUCUGACGAACGGCGUCGCUGGCGUUGGAAAAACCUUCUCAGUGCAGAAGUUCACUCUGGACUGGGCAGAGGGCUUGGAAAACCAAGAUGUCAGUCUGGUGGUUCUGCUUUCGUUCAGGGAGCAGAACCUGAUCAGAGAUGAGCAGUACAGUCUUCUCAUGCUGCUCCAUGUUUUCCAUCCAACAUUACAGAAGGUCACAGCAGAGAAGCUCGCUGUCUGUAAAGUUCUGUUCAUCUUUGACGGCCUGGAUGAAAGCAGACCUUCACUGGAUUUCAAGAACAGUGAGGUUGUGUCUGAUGUCACCCAGAAGUCAUCAGUCAACGUGCUGUUGACAAACCUCAUCCAGGGGAAUCUGCUUCCCUCAGCUCUCGUCUGGAUAACUUCCCGACCUGCAGCGGCCAAUCAGAUUCCUCCUGCAUGUGUUGACAGGGUAACAGAAGUACGAGGCUUCACUGACGCCCAGAAGGAGGAGUACUUCAGGAGGAGAGUCAGUGAUGAAGAGCUGUCCAGCAGAAUCAUCUCACACAUCAAGACAUCCAGGAGCCUCCACAUCAUGUGUCUAAUCCCAGUCUUCUGCUGGAUCACUGCUACAGUUCUGGACCACAUGUUGACUACAGACCAGAGAGGAGAGCUGCCCAAGACCCUGACUGACAUGUACUCACACUUCCUGUUGGUUCAGACAAAGAAGAAGAAGCUGAAGUAUGGUGAGACGAGGGAGAUGACGGAGGCUGACAGGGAAGUUCUUCUGAAGCUGGGGAUGCUGGCGUUUGAACAGCUGGAGAAAGGAAACAUCAUGUUCUACCAAGAAGACCUGGAGCGGUGUGGUCUGGAUGUCACAGAGGCCUCGGUGUACUCAGGAGUUUGUACAGAGAUCUUCAAAAGAGAGUGUGUGAUCUUCCAGAAAACAGUCUACUGCUUUGUUCACCUGAGCAUUCAGGAGUUUCUGGCUGCAGUCUACAUGUUCCACUGUUACACAAACAGCAACACAGAGGUACUGAAGGACUUCCUGGGAAAAACAUAUGUUCAUUCAACCCUGGAUGUCUUCCUGAAGAGAGCCAUGGAGAAAUCCCUUGAAAGUAAAAAUGGCCACCUGGAUCUGUUUGUUCGCUUCCUUCAUGGCCUCUCUCUGAAGUCCAACCAGAGACUCUUAGGAGGUCUGCUGGGUCAGACAGACAACAGUUCAGGAAGAAUCCAGACAGCCAUCAACAACCUGAAGAAGAUGAACAGUUCUUUUACCUCUCCUGACAGAAGCAUCAACAUCUUCCACUGUCUGACGGAGAUGAACGACCACUCGGUACAUCAGGACAUCCAAGAGUUCCUGAAGUCAGAGAACAGAUCAGAGAAGGAACUCUCUGAUAUCCACUGCUCUGCUCUGGCCUACAUGCUGCAGAUGUCAGAGGAGGUUCUGGAUGAGUUUGACCUGAAGAAGUACAAUACAACAAAGGAGGGACGACUGAGACUGAUUCCAGCUGUGAGGAACUGCAGAAAAGCUCUGUAA